AUGUCUGGAACAGGGGACCGAGAAGCUGUGUUUCCAACCCGGCAGUCGCUGGGGAUAAUGAAGGGGAAGCUAAAGGGCGCGGAAACAGGCCACAGUCUUCUAAAGAGGAAAAGUGAGGCUUUGACAAAGCGGUUUCGAGAAAUCACUAAACGAAUCGAUGAGGCAAAACGGAAAAUGGGUCGCGUUAUGCAGAUAGCGGCCUUUUCCCUCGCAGAAGUUACAUAUGCUGUUGGAGGAGAUAUCGGUUUCCAGAUCCAAGAAUCUGCGAAACAGGCACGGUUCCGCAUACAGACAAAACAAGAGAAUGUCUCGGGAGUGAUGCUACCUCAAUUCGAAAGCAUAACGGCCGAGGGUAGUAAUGAUUUUGGCUUGACAGGCCUAGGAAAAGGAGGACAGCAAGUCCAGCGGUGCCGAGAGACAUACUCAAGGGCCGUUGAAACACUCGUCGAGCUUGCUAGCUUACAGACGGCAUUUGUAAUAUUAGAUGAAGUCAUCAAAGUGGUUAACAGACGCGUCAAUGCCAUUGAACAUGUCAUCAUCCCCCGAACCGAAAAUACUAUUAAAUAUAUCAACUCAGAGCUAGACGAGCUCGAUCGAGAAGAAUUUUACCGGCUUAAAAAGGUCUCCAACAAAAAACACCAAGUAACUGCAGCCGCCGAUGCCGAAAUGAAGGCCAAACGAGAAGCAGCGGAGAAGGAUGAAAUCGCAGAGUCAGAGUCAGCAGAUACCCCGGCACCCGCCGAUAUUCUUGGAGAGCAUGAGGAUAAGGAUAUUAUUUUUUAA